AUGAGGCGGCAUGUUUUAACGACCAUUACUUUCUUAUUUUAUAUUCUACGUCUUACGAACGCCUUGUCACUUGCAAACUUCCAAUUGGUCUCACCAACUGCAGUUUCGUUGGGUUGUUUUGUGGAAUAUAAUACUUUGAUCAAAGAUUGCAAAUUAUCAGACUUCAACGAUGGGUGUUCUCUCGAUUGCCAAUCAUCCUUAACUUCAAAAGCUACAUGUGUUGGUGAUGCUUGUUCGAAAGAUAAUGUAGGACCCAAUACAUUAUUAGGAAUCGUCAAAGGUGGUGGAAUCAUCGCAGCUUUAUGUCCGAAUAUCAAAAGUUCUACUACGAAAUCAACAUCAACUUCGACUACUAUAACGGAGACGAAAACUUCGAGUACAAGUGUGAGUACUACAUCGUCGAGUUCGCAAUCGACUUCAACUCCAACUUCAACUCCAACCCCAACUUCGACUUUAACUUUGACUUCGACGUCAUCCGAAAGCUCUAGUUUUACUGCUGCUACAACGACAUUUUCUGCGAUUCCUACGAUGACCCAAUCUACGACUAGGCAGAUUUCGAGUUCCUCUCAAACUUCGAAUACUCCAACAUUAUCAUCACCAUCUACUUCCUCAAAAUCCACAACAUCGGAUUCUUCAGAAUCAACCUCUACUUCUUCCAAUACGAAUACGAUCACAGACACAAGCACCAGCACAACGCUGGCCACGACCCAAACACAAUCUUCUACAUCCGCAUCUACAAAAACCACAGAAACAACAUCAAAAUCAACGACAACAACCGCAGCAUCGAAAAAUGGAAAUGGGAAUGGGGUUAGUGGGGGCGGAAGCCCUUUUGAUAUCGAUGCGAAUAGUGGUAGUUUGCCAACCGAUUUUGGUAAAAUAUCACAAAGAUGGAUCGCGGGCGUGGUGUUGAUUUAUGGGGGAUUGGGUGUAUGGUUUCUUAUUUGA